GUUCAGGAGCUGCGCGCGUACCGGCGCACGAGGCAUCAUCCUCCGGAGGAAGUGAAACGGAUUUUCUCUUCUUCUUCAUUUUCUCUCUCUCUCUCUCUUUCACUGCUUCUCCUCUCCCAACAACGAGAGCACGCGCCGGCGUUCAUCCUCCUCGCUAGCGGUGCCAGCCCAGCCGGUUUCACCGAGAGAUCCAGCAACCGCCGGCAAAGAAAACAAGAAAAAAAAAAGGCGAGGAAAGAAAAAAUACUCCCCGCGAGGGGCCCACUCCAGACUCGCAGGAAACGACGACACCCGCCGAGGAGCGAGCCCUCCACGACGAGACCGGCCGAGAGAGCUGCAUCACGCCGGGCGUGGAUAGUCGCCGUCGCGCCCCGAUAUCCCGGCGUGUGUGCGCGCUGCCUACCUACCUACCUACUACGCUCGUGCGGAUAACCGGCGUCGCAUACUGAACCGAAUCAGUCGUCCGUUGUGGUGCCUGUGCUUCCUCCUGACAUACAUCGCGACCACUUGUGCGCGCGCGUGGCGAGUGUCGAAAACCACCCCGAGACAAGGGCGAGCGGCGGGAGAAGGCCGUUGUUGAUUGUCGGGGCUUGCUCGGAGAGAAUCGAAGUUGUUUGUUCGUGAAGAAACGGAGUGUGUGUGUUCGGUGUUGUGCUGCGCGGUCCCGGCCUGAAGGGGAGCCUCUCCUGUAUCGGAUCGGGGUCUCCAUCUGCCACCGAGUUGCGCGUGGUAAUCGCACGUGUCUUCUUUGCGCCCGCGUUUGGGAAAGCUUCAAGUUCGCUCGCGCGCGUGCGCGCGCUCUCCGGCGUCUCGGCUGUCAAGGACGCUGUGGGGCGCGUUCCGCUCACGGGAAGCGCGGGACACUGCGGUGACGGAAGGAUGCUGUCGUCGUGAACAACACGCAGGAUACUCAAGGCUUUAGCCUGGACCUCAACUUCUACUACAGUGCCAAGCGUAGAUUGGGUGCUGCCGACAUCUCGGCCGCCAAAGUCUAUCGACAUACACAACUUCAGGAACGAUGACGAGGUUAGAGAUGCCCAAAUUACCUUUCCUGCUGUUCCUGCAGUUCGUUGUCUUGACAACAGAGACCACAGGUCAAGGCGUGCCAUUCACCACCACAGCCACACCUACCAGUACCCUCGCAACAGCUGCCACCAGCACAGACGUGCCGACGACGGCGAGAACAACACUGGCGUCGCAGGCGACAGUCACGCCGACGUCGCCGGCGACGACCACGACGUACCAGUCGUCUUCCUCCUUCGCUCCCGAGUUCACGACGAUGGCGGAAGCUUCGGCGAGAGCGAUCGCUUCUUCGGCGUCGGCGGUGCCCUGGUGCCUCCGGGAGCACGUGUCGUACGAGCGCCUCUCGGGCUACAGGGUGGCCGACUUGCUGGCUGGACAGCGGGCGCUGCCUGAACCUACGCAGCCGGCGCCCCCUUCGACGGCCGAGGAGUGCUACCUGCGCUGUCUGGACGACGACCGCUGCCGCGGAUACAGCGUCAACCACGUGCGGCAGGUGUGCGCGCUCACGUGGUUCGACGUGGCCAACAAGUCCGACUACCUGCUGGCCGACCCGAACUGGAGCUUCCACCGCAAGAUCUGCCUGCCUGAGCGGCCCUGCUUGAGGCACUGGUCCUUCGAGCGCGUACCGCAGUUCCACCUGGUCGGCUUUGAGGACAAGGUGGUGUCCGAGGUGUCCGACCAGGACGGCUGCCUGCAGCUGUGUGCCUCGGAGACGGGCUUCGUGUGCCGUUCGACCCGGUACGAGCCCGCGAGACAGCGCUGCGUGCUCAGCAGGCACGACCGCCGCACGGCGGCAGAGUCCUUCCGCAGGACGGUGCCGGACGACGGCAGCGUGGCGGACGUGCUCUACAGCGAGAACCAGUGCGUCUCCGAACCGCCACGGUGUAACUUCCGGCCUCUGCGCGGUCGCUCCCUGAGUCGGGGUCACGUGUUCGUCGACGAAGAGGCCACGUCGCACUCCCUGUGCCAGGAGGCGUGCGUCAACCACACGGAUUUCGUGUGCCGGAGCUUCGUGUACGACCAGUCGCGCCGCCUCUGCCUGCUGAGCCCCGACGACAGCUACAGCAGCGCCGCCACCGGACCCCACCCCGAGGAGAGGGCGGCGUCCGAAGAGGACACAACGCUGCUCUUCGAGAAAGGAUCGUGCAUCGACGUGGAGAUGCGGUGCGAGGCUACCGCCAUGACGGCCAUCAUCCAGGUGACGUCAUCGUUCCGCGGUCGCGUCUACGCCGUGGGCCACCCGCACCAGUGUUUCUCUUCUUCCGUCACCGACACGGGUCACGUGGCGCUCACGGUUCCCUUGCACGGACGGCAGUGCGGCACCAAGAACCUGGGCAACGGGACCUUCCUGAACAGCAUCGUCGUGCAGCAUCAUCCAUACGUGCUGCAGAGCUCGGACAGGCGGAUUGACAUCUCCUGCGACUACGAGGAAGUGGAGCGCAAGCUGCGAGGAGGCAAGCAGGUCCUCGAAGGGGAUCUGCAAAGCCUGACGCAAGUCAUCACGGGACUGGCUCCCACGCCUCCAGUUCGACUGAGAGUCGUGAACGCUUCCGGAGACGAGGUCGCCGGCGUCGAUCUCGGCGAUCCGCUCUACCUGAAGGUCGACAUGGAGGACGAAUCCGUGUUUGGGAUCUUCGGGAGCUCUCUCACAGCGCGCAGCGGGGAAGGGUCGGAAACCAUACUGCUCCUGGACGACAAAGGCUGCCCCGUAGAGCCUGCCGUAUUCCAAGGCUUCGAGCGAGCUCCGGGCUCCAAGUCACUCAUGGCCCCGUUCCAAGCGUUCCGCUUUGCCUCAGACAGUACCGUCAAGUUCCAGAUGACCGUGUCCUUCUGCCUGGACGUCUGCCCACCGCCCAAAUGUCCAGGCGGCGGCGGCACGGAGGACCAGCAGCAGAUGCAGCACCAGCAGCACCUGUCCACCGAAAGCCGCGCUGGCCGCAGACGGCGCUCGGCCAGCGCAGACACGCACGCGCUAGACCUCCAGACGGGUGACGUGGUCACUGACGUCACCAUGGAGACUGCGCUGUUCGUCGUCCACAACCUGACGCCGUCGCCGCAGGCCUCCUCCGACACCGAGCAUGCUGGGAGAGACGCCAGAGGAGUCUCACAGAACAGGAUGCCCCGCGACGCCGUGUGCCUGACGCGACCCGUCGUGUACACGUUGGCGAGCCUGAUCGGCGUCGUGCAAGCGCUCAUCCUCGGCUCCUGCUGCAUGCUGCUGUUCGUCAACCGGAAGUGGCGACUUACGCGGAAGCGCCUGGCCGCCAUGCACGCGUCCAGCAGCCGGGCUUCCGUCUCCAGCAAGUCGGAACUCUUCCUGAGGACGUAGUAACGCCGGCUCGUCACCACAUUUCAUCCGGUCCCCCGUCCCUACCCCCCCUCCU